GAAUGUGACACACACGUCUAUCUGUCAAAUUCUCCAAAGAAACAUUUCACUUAUAGUCUUUGACUUUACUAAUUAACAUUUCUCGAUCAUCAGACGUUGAGGAUAGGAAACAUUUGGCAGAAUAAUAAAUAUCAUCGUGUAAGGCUGUCAGAUUAACCAGCAUCUCGUGAUGAUGGAGAAGAUUGUAAAAGAUGUUGGUGACAUUCAGUCCAGGCUGAUUGAUCACAGGCCGGUCUUGCAGGGAGAAAUUAGAUACUUCAUCAGGGAGUUUGAGGAGAAGCGCGCUUUCAGAGAAUGCCGUCUGCUUGAAAAUCUGAAUAAGAUGACAUCAUACACAAAUGAACAUGAUCUGCCGCGGUGCACUGAGAGUAUGCAUGAGAAACUAUGCGACGCUCUCACACGACUUGAAGCGGUGAAUCAUAUGGCACAGAGGAUCCAGCAGAGGGAGCUAGAGGCUGAACAGGUACAUGAGGAGAAUAGAACUGUCAAGUGGAUUCACCAUUUACAAAGUUUCAGUGUGCAGAACUCUCCCACUUGA